AUGACAUCAAUAAUUACGAUUCUGACAAUAACAUUGAUUGAAUGUGUAUUUGGAGUAAUUUAUGUUGAUCUAAAGAAUUUUAUUGUUCCUAAUGGAGUGAAUGUAUUUCAUGGUAGAUUCAAUAUAAACUCCAGAUAUUUUAUGUUUGUUGGUGAUUCAGAACCCAUUAGUGAAUUAAGAUACGGAAAUGAAGUGAUAUUUCCAAAGGAGAAUGGUUCACAGGAAUACAAUUUACUUGUUGAAUUAUUUAUAAUAAAUAAGGUUAUUCUGGUAUCAUUUUAUGUUCACACAUUUAAUGAUGGAUUAUUGAAAUCAGUCAAUCGACAUACCAUUAGCAUAUCAUCUGACAAAUACAGUCACAUAAGUAAUGAAGAAUUUAUGUCAAAAAUAAAUGGACCAGUUCUAGUUUCAAUUGAUAUUGGACCGAAACCAAAACAUCCAUUUAUAAAAAGUACCACUUCUGAACAUGUUAAUUAUCAAAUACGUAGAUUUAAACUUGCAUAUAAUUACAAUUGGUUUAUUUUUGAUGGUAAGUCAAUCCCACUAUAUAGAUUCGGAUAUGUAUAUGAUUCUAAUCGUCCUGCUGUUGUAGGUUAUACAAAACGUCCAUAUUUAACUGAUGAAUGUGUUUCUAUUUCUAUUUAUAAAUCACACACUGGUUAUAACAAUUUGUUUCAAUUUAUGUUUGAACCUUUUAGGAUUGAGAUAGUUGAUGAUUAUAUAAGAUCAUAUGAAAUGAGACCUAUAUUAGGUGAAGAAUAUUGGUUUUUAACAGAAUAUAGUGAUGAUAUGUUAUUAGAUGAAGUAAUUAUGGACGCAAUCAAAUUAAAUAUAUGGUACAGAAGACAUCCAUCUGGAAUGCCCGUAAUUACAUUAGACAUAUCAGAAAUUAUUACUCCUGAAUUAUUUGGUAUUGAAAAAGUUACAGGAUCAUCAAAUAUUUGGAACUACAAAUACACAUUAUAUAAAUUAAAGGAUAAAUAUGUUAAAGAAUAUAAAAUUAAAAUGAUUAUAGAUCCGAUGAUCACAAACAGAACAAUUCAUGUUCUAAAGAACAAAUAUUUAAAAUACAAUUUAGAGGUGUACAGAAAUGAGGAAGAAACAUAUUUACACAAUUAUUACAGUGAUAAAAGGGGGAAAAUAAGGGAGAAAAAGAAGUAUACAUACGUGAAAAAAUUAAGAAUAGACAAUUAUAAAUUGUUAAGCUUAAGUGAAUUUCAUAAAAUAAUUCAAAUGUUUGAAAAAUCAUAUCCGAUAAAACUAGAUAUUACUAUUGAUGAAGAGCAACCAUCAUUAUUUGAGAAAAAGGAAAUAUCAGAUGGUGAAAUGACAAUUCAUCAUUUCUCAAUAAAGGAAACUAAUGAUUUCGGAGAAUCCAUAUUGAACAAAUAUGUGUUUGGGGCUGUUUAUGCAACAGGAAGUUUUCAACCAGGUAACAUACCAUUGGAACCAUUUAGAAAAAACAAGGUGAUGAUUAAUCCAAACAUAAAUACAAACAAAUUUAUUGUAAGGAACAAAUCAACAUUUGAUGAUCUGAACACACCACAAUAUCAGUUAUUCCGACUAAGAACAUAA